AAUUGUGCGUGUAACAAAAAAAAAGAAUCAAUACCUUAUAAUGGGGUUUCAAAGUCUGACUGAAAAAGAGGUUUUCAGAAGAUUAUACUCUGAUUGAAAACAAACGCUUAAACUCUGGAAUCCACACAACAUCAAGUAAAAAACAUCAGAGGUUGUUAAGAGUUUUGUAGAAAAACAAACAAGGCCAGCUUUUUUUGGUAACUGCCCACCCCGAAGGCGCCAGAAACUAACUGUGGUGCUUUGUUAAUUCCUUUUCCGGUAAAAAAAAAAACUAUCAUAAAUGGCGACUGCUACUUAUCCACCUCCACUGCCGUAUUACAGGUUGUACAAGGAUUAUGAAAAAGAUCCUAGCUCUGCUCCAGAACCUCCCCCUCCUAUUGAAGGGAGUUACCUCCUAUUUGGCUCUAAAUACACUACUGAUGAUGUAUUGCCAGGCUUAGAAGAUCAGGAUGUUCGUCAAUUGUACCCAAAAGGCCCAAAUCUUGAUUUCAAGAAAGAAUUGAGGUCACUAAACAGGGGACUUCAGCUGCAAAUUUUAGAGCUAGCUGAUGUUUUGAUAGAACGGCCAUCACAAUAUGCAAGAAGAGUGGCAGACAUUUCUCUUAUAUUCAAGAAUUUGCAUCACCUUCUCAAUUCGUUACGUCCACACCAGGCCAGGGCAACACUUAUUCACAUACUCAAACUUCAGAUACAAAAACGAAAACAAGCUGUAGAGGACAUUAAGAGGAGGAGAGAAGAAGCACAAAAACUUCUCAAGGAGGCACUUGGGACAUUGGAGGGACAAUAGACCAGUGAAUGUCGAUAUAUGAACCGAACUAAGGUAACGACGACUAGAGUGAUUGCUUUUUAGUGUGAGUUUUGUGGACUAGCAAGUGAGAUAUCAAUAGCUGGGUAAUCUAUUAUAUAACC